AUGCGUUCACUCUUUGCAUAUACUCUUCUGGCUUCAGCCACUCUCUCCGUCGCUGUCGACCCUCGCUUCGAGUACCCUGAUACCGUGCCUCUUGUCAAGCGUCAACAGCCCGGCACCCCUCAGUAUGCGUGCCACGAGGACUGCGGCCUUCUCAUCACCCUCGCGCGUGAAGAUAAAGACUUUUGCGACAGCCAAGAAUGGAAUGAGCAUUAUGAUAAAUGCAUGGAAUGCGCAGAAACCUAUGGUAUAUGGAAGUACUACGGCAGUGGCGUGAGCAAGGUCGCCGAACAGUGUGACCUUUCUCCUUCUCCCAGCCCUUCUGGUGCUGCCGCCGAGAAGCCUACCUCUUCUGGCACCAAUGGAUCGGGAACCACGGUCCCUGUAGAGACCACCACGGAAGCACCAGCUGAGGCUACGUCGACUAUCAUCGCAAUCGAGUCUACUAUUGUGUCGACUCAUCCAGCCAUGACAACACCAGAUGCUUCUUCUGGCGCUGACAGCACCUCCGUCGACACUGCCACCUCGACCCCCGAGCCUUCUAGUGUUGCUGUCAAUGGCGCUGCUAAGCACUUCGAGUUCACUGCCGUUAUUGCAUUUGUAGCAUUCACUAUCUGCAGCCUCUACUAG